AUGUCCGAAACUCCUGGAGCAAAUCCGAAAAAAAAUCAGAAAAAAAAUUGCUUUGAACGAGUGUUUAAGAGUAUAUACCCGCGACAUUCUGUUUGCCCUGUCUUUGUGACUCUUGCUUUGUUGGCGGUAGUUUUUAUACCCGUUGGUGUUGUUAUUAUUAAGGUAAGCGACGCUGUUUUUGAAAUGAGUAUCAGAUAUGAUGAUGUGAACAAUUAUCAGUAUCGGGUUGGGCCAUCUGGUGUAUAUCCGCAAGAAUUUGAGUUUAACAAUUCUAACUUCUCUACUGGAGCUCGAGUUAGAAAGUCUUUUUCUCUCUUAAAAAGUCUUGCAUCUCCUAUUUACUUACAAUACAGAAUUGUGGGAUUUCAUCAAAACUUUCGUAAUUAUGCAGGUUCUCGAGAUUUGGCGCAAAUGGAAGGAGAUGCUUAUUCAGUUAACGAUGAUUGCAAACCCUUUAGAUUUCCUGGUGAAUUUCAUGGAAAUAAUAUAGGUGGAAUAUAUUUUCCAUGUGGUACAGUGGCGUGGAGUCUUUUUAACGAUUCUAUGAGUUUGUAUCGAUUACCAUUGUCUGGAUCGGCUGAUGAUUCUAAUGAUAUUCCUGAUGGUGCUGAAUUAGUAUGUGCUGGAUAUGCAUUUGAUACCGUUGGUAACAGUUUAGAAGAAGGAAAUCUUUGUAAAAAGAAAGGAAUUGCACUACCUAGUGACGUAUACCUUUUUCGUUCAGCGAAAAAUGUGCAAUCAAACGAUGUCUUGUGGGCUAAUGGAGGGGAUCCCACUUCAAGUAAUCCUUAUAAAGAAAAGGGAUAUUAUUAUGGAGAACCUGGACAUUCUAUUCCUGCAGUAACUGAUGAAGAUUUUCUUGUAUGGGCUUCUUUAUCUUACAUGUCUGAUUUUACCAAAAUGUAUCGCAUAAUUACAACUGACCUUCUGCCUGGUGAUUAUUUUAUUGAUAUUCUGGAAAACUUUGAUGUUUUUUCUUUUUCAGGUGAAAAACACGUUGUUUUGAUGACACGAAGUUGGUAUGGCGGGAAAAACUCUGUUAUGGGAAUAUUAUUCCUUGUUAUGGGAUGUAUCUCAUUUGUUCUUUGUAUCAGUGUAAUCAUAUUGCAGUAUGUGCAAUUAAAACGAUGUUAG